AUGUCAAGGAAGGAGGAAAAUAAAAGCGGCGGGAACGUAAACAAGAGUGCUGUUUGUUAAUUUUUAAUGGUUAUUCAUUUUUUAAAUUAUUUUAGAAAUUGACUACACAAACAACAUGACUACUAGGUCUCACAGAAAAUCUAAGACUUCAUCAGACAACAAACAGAACGUACCAGCAGUAUCAAAACGUGUUGAAAACUCAUGGGUUCUUCUGCUCAAAGAAUCAUUGUUUGAGAAUGACAAUUUUAGUGUAAUAACACUACCACAUCCUGCGACUGGCAAUCCUGCCAAAUACUGCUUGGAUAAUGUAAACAAUAAGAUUUAUGAGGCAGUAACUUUCAGUGAACCCCAUAGAUCAUGGUUUAUCAAUGAAACAGUAAAAUCUGAUGGAAGUAUUAUGUUGGUGACUCCGAUAAAUCCAGCUUUUAUAGUAUUACCGCGAUUAAAAGAACAUUGCAGUAAUAGGGCAAUACCUUUGGAAGACUUGCUCUCUGAAAAAGGAUAUGAUAAAAUACUUGACUACGUUGGCACACUAGACAACAUAGGUGAUUUAAAAGGCUCACCUGAUUUAAAAGCAUAUAAAUAUAAUGAGGAAAAAACCUUAAAAUGGCUUCAAGAUAGAGUCAAGAAGCUAGCGCAAGUUUUAAGACAAAAAAAUAUUCAUGUGACAUCAGGAGCUGCCUCUGCAACAUUUGUGUCUAGUAACUUAAGUAAUGAUACUGUGGAUGAAGAAUUUUAUUUGAAAUAUGCAUGUGGUAUCAUUUCGGAAUACCUCCCUGAUGAACUAGCUGAGUUGUUGGAGAAACAAUUUGAUUUUAAACCAGACCUAAUUGAAUCGAUUGGGAAAAAAAGAAAAUCUGAAGUGGAACUUAACGGGACUAACAAGAAAAUAAAAAAUGAAGUGACUGAUGUUAUGGAAAACUUAACAAGUCCUAAUCAAAGCUUCAGUGAAGUCAAAAAAGAAAAACCUAUGUCAGCCAAGGAAAAAGCUAGACAGAAAGCUGCUAGUGGGACCAAAACGAUAUCCUCGUUUUUCACGAAAAAGUAAUAAUUUUGAAGAUUUAUUUUGUAAAUUAAAUGAAAUAUAAAAAAUACAUAAAUAAA